UUUGCCCAUCAUUCAGGCCUCUACUGUAGGUUCUAAAACAUCGAAGGUAUCGAAACCUCGGAUAGUGAGUGAUCCCAGGGUCCCGUUCGCGAAACACGGGAAACCCAAAGGUUUAGUAAGUGUAGCGUUUUGCGGAGCGCUGGUAGCUCUGGGUUAGCAGUGAUUUGUGAGCUCACUGAACGAAAAAUAAAAAAAAAAUGGCAAGUUACCGAGAAUUUAUCGCCCCGAUGCUUGUCCUCGUCUUCAUCGGGUCUACGACGGCCGAUGAACUUUGGGUGGAGCGUUCGGGUGGAGUGUUAGGAGGUUUCACCAACUUGUGCGCAAAGGAGGAUCCGAAAAACGUAUCCGUGUCGUGCCACGGGGUUCGAAUUGUGCGAAAAGUGGUUCAACAGUUCCUCGAAAAGUCAGCGGCGGUUCCAAAUCUUGAGCUAUCCGAGGGUGUUCAAUUGAUUGAGACCUCAGCUCCAAUGUUAUCUCGGAGGGCGAGAAACAUGAAGAACUCUGGAGUAGUUGAGGAGAUCGUCAACUUUUUGGAAGGACGUGAGCUGAGGGUGAAACUGCCAAGUCUUCUUCCGGACAAUCUGGAAACGGCUCUGAAGGAGUCGCUACCAAACGCUAAUCAAGGUCGGAAAAAAGGCGAUGGCUUUGGCGGCGGUAAAGGAGGUGGCGGAGGCGUCAUGAUGAUGGCACUGAUGAUGGGAAAGAUGAUGGGUGCCUUGGGGCUAGGAGCUUUGGGUCUAUUGGCGAUGAAGGCGUUAAUGGUUUCCGGUCUUGCCUUGAUGUUGUCCCUGAUCGUGGCAGCGAAGAAGCUGGCCGGAGGUCAUGACGACGGUGGCGGUCACCACGUGAUCUACGCUCAGGAGAGCCAUGGUCAUGGCCACAGACGAUCGCUGGACGAUACCGAUUUUGGCGAUCUACCAUACCGGGGAUACUCGAUCGAUUACGCGGUUAAAAACUCCUAGUAGUAGCCAACCCCAAUCCUUGACAGAGACCUAACGAUACCUACACGGACGCAGGACGCUUUCUCGCCCGAAUAGCCGACUGACUCAUCCUUUGACAGAAAUAAUUGCAGAGUGAGCGAGGACUGAGCAGUAAGCACGGAUCUCUCGGCUCAAUGCAAAUAACGGAGGAAACACUCGGACCAGAGACCCUGGUGAAAACAAAGUAUGUGAAAGUUUUCUACUUACAUAUAGUGAACGAAAAACAAGAAAAGUGUAAAAAAGCUAUUGUGACAAAUACGCGUAUGAGACUACCGACAGGUUCCUCCUGUUCCGGUGACAAACGGACGGACGUCGACGAAGCGACGAACUGUCGUGAUCAACGAGACACGGGUUACGACUUUGAUACACGUGACAGUGAAGGAAGGCUCGUAGAAAGUGACUUUUGGAAUAUACUAUCAUGGUCAGCUGGUCCCCAGUUGCUUCAGGCUACAAUCGUAACCCCUUCAAAAUUUUGACGUAUCGAAAAAUGACGUGACAUACUUCAUCGCCGCGACAAUUACCACGAACGGAAUGCUAUCUCUGCUUGAAGAGAAGACGAUAAUGAUUAUUAAAUGAAAAUCUACCCUCAAUGAUGAUACCCACGGUACCAAAGACACUCCGCCUCCCAUUUUCCCAACUUUCGACAUGCUCAGAACGGUGAUACCCUUACCAACUACGCAGACGUAUAUAAUAUAUACCUAAAUAUUUAUUAACCAACAGACUAAUAGUUGUAAGCGUAUGUAUCUUUAUACUGCAGAGAUUUUCUGCCUGGAUAUUUAUUUUUUGUAUGCUGAUGUAAUAGACACAUCAUUCGAUAUAAAUGAAUAAA